AUGAGCGCCUCUUCUCACCUCAUAAUCCCUGGAAGGCUGAGUUUCAAAUUAAAACAAUCACUUCUUGCAAGCAGAUGGUUCAGCGGUGGGACGAGUGCAAACAAGCCCAUCGAGAAAAUACGAAACAUUGGAAUCUCGGCGCAUAUCGACUCGGGGAAAACCACCGUCACUGAAAGGAUUUUAUACUAUGCGGGGAAAAUUGAUUCGAUGCACGAGGUAAAAGGGAAAGAUGACGUGGGAGCCACGAUGGAUUUUAUGGAAUUGGAGCGACAACGAGGCAUCACUAUUCAAUCAGCCGCCACAUACAUUGACUGGCAUGGAACAAAUAUAAAUAUCAUCGAUACGCCAGGUCACGUUGACUUUACGGUCGAAGUGGAGCGCGCACUUCGAGUGCUUGAUGGAGCCGUUUUGGUGUUGUGUGGUGUAGGAGGCGUGCAAAGUCAAACUUUUACCGUCAACCGUCAAUUAUCUCGCUAUAAAGUUCCCUUCAUUUGUUUUGUCAAUAAAAUGGAUCGCACUGGGGCUACUCCUUUUCGUGCCGUCGAAGGCCUACGAGGCAAAUUAGGGCACAACGCGUCGCUAAUUCACUUGCCAAUUGGAAAGGAUUCCGAUUUUCGCGGGAUCGUAGAUUUGAUAAACGAGUGUGCUAUUUAUUAUGAAGGAGAAGGUGGACUAACAGUACGAAAAGAUGAAAUCCCUCAAGAUCUACGUGUGCAAGCAAAAGAUCUACGAGACGAAAUGAUUGAACAUAUUGCAAACGGCGAUGAAGAAUUAGGAGAGCUCUUUUUGAAUGAUGUCAAACCAAAUGUUGAUCAAAUUCACUCAGCUAUUCGACGAUCUGUGGUAAAGCGUAGUUUCUUGCCAGUCUUAUGUGGUUCUGCUUUAAAAAAUAAGGGCGUUCAAACAAUGAUUGAUUCCGUUGUGCGUUAUCUACCGAAUCCAGGCGAAGUAACAAACCUUGCCAGUAUCAAAGAUGGUGAUAAGGAGAAGUCAAUUAUACUGAAUCCUGCUCGAAAUAAUUCAAAUCCGUUUGUCGGGCUUGCUUUUAAAUUGGAGGCAGGAAAGUAUGGCCAACUAACAUAUUUCCGAAUAUAUCAAGGACAGCUUUCGCGUGGUGAUACGGUUUACGCGAGUAAAGACGGCAGAAAGGUUCGCGUACAAAAAUUAGUUCGGAUGCAUGCUGCGGAUAUGGAAGAAGUGGAAACCGCUUAUGCCGGAGACAUUUGCGCCACAUUUGGAUUAGAUUGUCAUUCCGGAGAAACGUUUACAAGCAUGCCAGAGAACCCGCCACAUUGUGAAUCUAUGCAUAUUCCGGAGCCAGUUAUUUCAAUGUCAAUAAAACCAGUGAAUCGUAAGGACGGAGAAAAUUUUAUUAAGGCGUUGACUCGUUUCACCAAGGAGGAUCCGACAUUCAAAAGGGAAUAUAACGCAGAGGCAAAAGAAACCGUUGUGAGUGGAAUGGGUGAAUUGCACUUGGAAAUUUAUGCUCAACGAAUGAAAAGCGAGUUCAAUUGUCCGGUUGAAUUGGGCAAACCAACUGUGGCCUAUCGAGAAUCUAUUGCGGAUCCAUACAAGUUUCACUAUCGGCACAAAAAGCAAACUGGAGGACAGGGUCAAUUUGGACAAAUCGAAGGAGUUCUCGAUCCAUUACCCCCAGAUCAGAAUACCAUCGUUAAAUUUACCGACGAGUGUUUUGGAAACAGCAUCCCAAAAAAUUUGUUCCCAGCUUUGAAGAAAGGUCUUGAUAUGAUUACACAGGAAGGCCCGUUAAUCAAGCAAAAGAUUGCUGGUAUAAAUGUGCGGAUACAAGAUGGAGAGACACAUGCGGUCGAUUCUACGGAAAUCGCGAUGAUUAAUACUAUGGCAAAUAUGAUGCGUGAAGCUUACGAAAGAGCUAACUGGAUUUUGCUGGAACCAAUUAUGAAAGUCGAGGUUACGACGCCCAGUGAUUUUCAGGGUAGUGUUGUUGCAUCUCUCACCCAACGAAACGCUUUAAUUGUUUCAACGGACUCGCAUGAAGGAUACACUACGAUCGUUUGUGAAACGCCGCUUUCUGAUAUGUUUGGCUACACGUCUUUGCUACGUUCAGUAACCGAGGGAAAAGGCGAAUUUAGUAUGGAGUAUUGCCGCUAUACUCCGACAUCAGCAACGACACAAGAAAGUAUAAUUCGGCAGUGGAAAGUAGAGCAAGGCCUCAUAGAUCCAAAGGUCGAGGCGAAAAAGAAAAAGCGC